AUGUAUAUUAGAUACUUCUCAAAUUUAAUUAAUACUCAUAAACCAAUAACCAAAACUAUACUAAGAAAUUAUUUCUCUGAUAACCGAAAAUUAAUAAUUCCUCGUUAUGGAACUACUAUAUUGUGCGUACGAAAAAACAAUGAAGUGUGUUUAAUUGGUGAUGGAAUGGUUUCUCAAGGGACAAUGAUAGUUAAAGGAAAUGCAAAAAAGAUAAGACGAUUAAAAGAUAAUAUUUUAAUGGGUUUUGCUGGUGCUACAGCAGACUGUUUUACUUUACUGGAUAAAUUUGAAACAAAAAUAGAUGAAUAUCCAAAUCAACUUUUGAGAAGUUGUGUUGAAUUAGCGAAAUUAUGGAGAACUGACAGAUAUCUAAGACAUUUAGAAGCAGUUUUAAUAGUGGCUGAUAAAGAUAUUUUAUUAGAAGUAACUGGAAAUGGUGAUGUUCUAGAACCAUCUGGAAAUGUUCUGGGUACAGGAUCAGGAGGCCCAUAUGCUAUAGCUGCUGCAAGAGCAUUGUAUGAUAUUGAAAAUUUGAGUGCUAAAGAUAUAGCUUAUAAAGCUAUGAAUAUUGCUGCUGAUAUGUGUUGCCAUACUAAUAAUAAUUUUAUAUGCGAAACAUUAUAG